AGUUUCACGAGCUGAGAGCAACCCUGCAGCUAUAGUGCGCGUACAAUAAAACUACGAAAGUACGAACUGGUGUCGUUCCGAGAGUUGCAGCCAGUCUAUAGCCGCUUGCGCCUCGCGGCAACGGACGUCCGAUCUGCCAAUCUGCAUAGACAAGCGCAACGGCGCAGGAUUUACAGAGAGCAGCAGCCGCCGGAGGACGCGCGCCAUUCUGGUGUAUUAUUGAGAAGAGCUAUAGCAUCUCGCGCGCGCGCGCGCCAAUGGACGAGCUCCUGCAGCGAGGAUAUUAGACCGAAUAUUCGUUGUGAGCCCGGACUCGUCCCGUCUGAAAACAACCUUGUCGACGAAACGAGAAUUUAGCAAACAGUUAGUCAAAAUGAGCGGUAUGGAGAACGGAGCUGGAGAUGGCGGGGGUGGCUCCAAAAAGAAAGAAAAAACCAUUGAGGGUAUGUACCAGAAAAAGACACAGCUAGAGCACAUCUUGCUCAGGCCUGAUACGUACAUCGGUUCCGUGGAACCGGUCACUGAGCUUAUGUGGAUCUACGACAAGGAGAAAGAAAUGAUGAUUCAAAAAGAGAUUAAGUACGUUCCUGGUUUGUACAAAAUCUUUGAUGAAAUUCUUGUUAAUGCUGCUGACAACAAGCAGCGAGAUCCUAAAAUGGACUCCAUCAAAAUUGACAUAGAUGCGGAAAAUAACACUAUAUCUGUGUGGAACAAUGGAAAGGGUAUUCCUGUGGUGAUCCACAAAGAGGAAAAUAUGUAUGUACCAACUAUGAUUUUUGGUCAUUUACUGACAUCCUCCAACUACGAUGAUGCAGAAGAAAAGGUUACUGGUGGCAGAAAUGGUUAUGGAGCUAAGCUCUGCAAUAUAUUCAGUCACCGUUUCACUGUAGAAACUGCAUGCAAAGAAUACAAAAAAAGUUUGAAACAAACAUGGGGCAAUAACAUGGGUAAAGCCAGUGAAGCCAAAAUCAAGGAAUUUCAUGGUGAAGAUUUUACAAAAGUAACAUUUUCACCGGACUUGUCCAAAUUCAAAAUGGAGAAGCUUGACGAGGAUGUGGUUGCUCUAAUGUCUAGAAGGGCAUAUGAUAUAGCUGCUUCGUCUAGGGGAGUCAAAGUCUUUUUGAAUGGUACUCGAGUUCCUGUAAAAUCUUUUAAAGAUUACGUGGAUUUGUAUAUUAAAGGAAAAGAAGAUGAUACUGGAAAUCCUUUGAAAAUUACUUAUGAAAAUUGUGGACCAAGAUGGGAAGUUGCAAUAACGCUAUCUGAUAAGGGUUUUCAACAAAUGUCGUUCGUUAACAGUAUUGCCACGACAAAGGGAGGCCGUCACGUUGAUCACGUAACUGACAUGGUGGUGAAACAGCUUAUAGAAACACUCAAAAAAAAGAAUAAAGCUGGUGUGCAAAUAAAACCUUUCCAGAUUAAAAAUCAUCUGUGGGUAUUCAUUAAUUGUCUAAUUAACAAUCCAACAUUUGACUCGCAAACAAAGGAAAAUAUGACUUUGCAACAGAAAAGUUUUGGCUCUAAAUGCACACUCAGCGAAAAGUUUAUUACAAACGUUACCAAGAGCGGAAUCGUCGAAUCCGUGUUAUCGUGGGCCAAGUUCAAAGCGGACAGUCAGCUUCAAAAAUUGGGUCCAAAAUCGAAACAAAGAAAGUUGCAAGGUAUACCGAAAUUAGAAGAUGCAAACGACGCAGGUACCGCUAGAUCUUUGGACUGCACGCUUAUCUUAACUGAGGGAGACUCAGCUAAAAGUAUGGCCGUGUCUGGAAUUGCAUCUAUCGGUCGCGACAAGUAUGGAGUUUUUCCUCUCAAAGGUAAGAUCCUGAAUGUGAGGGAAGCAACUCAUAAACAAAUUCUUGAAAAUGCGGAAAUAAACAAUCUGAUCAAGAUUCUUGGACUACAAUACAAGAAAAAGUACGAAACCCGUGAUGACUUAAAGACUUUGAGAUAUGGCAAAAUUAUGAUCAUGACUGAUCAGGAUCAGGAUGGUUCUCACAUUAAAGGUCUCUUGAUUAAUUUUAUACAUCACAAUUGGCCAUCGUUACUAAAACUCAACUUUAUCGAGGAGUUUAUUACGCCGAUUGUGAAAGCCAGGAAGGGAAAUCACGUUUUAUCCUUCUUCUCUUUGCCCGAAUUCGAAGCAUGGAAAAAGGAAACGGAAAACUUUCAUACCUAUAAGAUCAAAUACUACAAAGGUUUGGGUACGUCCACUGCCCAAGAGGCAAAGGAGUACUUUGAAAAUAUGGCUCGGCAUCGAAUACGCUUUAGAUACGAUGGUGAUGUAGACGACCAAAAUAUUAUAAUGGCAUUUAGCAAAAAGUGCGUAGAUCAGCGCAAGGAUUGGUUGACAAACCACAUGGAGGAAACGAAACGUCGAAAGGAAAUUGGCUUGGGCGAACGUUAUCUUUAUGAGAAAGAUACGAGAGCUGUAUCUUUCUCAGACUUCAUCAAUGUCGAGUUGGUUCUUUUCAGCAAUUACGAUAAUAUUCGAUCUAUUCCGAAUAUGAUGGAUGGUUUGAAGCCUGGUCAAAGAAAAGUGUUAUUUACGUGUUUCAAGAGAAACGAUAAGCGUGAAGUUAAGGUUGCACAACUCGGUGCUUCCGUUGCUGAGCAUUCAGCUUACCAUCAUGGUGAAAUGUCACUCAUGGCUACAAUCGUUAAUUUAGCCCAGAAUUUCGUGGGCAGUAAUAACAUUAAUUUACUGCAACCCAUUGGUCAAUUCGGUACGAGAUUGGCUGGUGGAAAAGAUUCUGCUAGUCCUCGUUAUAUUUUCACGAUGCUGAGUCCCUUAGCAAGAUACAUAUUCCAUAAACACGAUGAUCCGCUACUCAAACACGAGUACGAUGAUAAUCAAAAAAUUGAACCAACCUAUUAUGUGCCAAUUAUUCCUAUGGUUCUGGUGAAUGGCGCUGAUGGUAUUGGAACAGGGUGGAUGACCAAAAUUCCAAACUACAAUCCUCGUGAAAUCAUUGAAAAUCUUCAAAGAAUGAUGGAUGGCGCCGAUCCAAGGCCGAUGAGUCCAUUCUACAAAAACUUUAAGGGAACAAUCGAGAGUUGUGGAGAUUAUCGAUACGUGAUUAGUGGAGAGAUUUCUAUAAUUGGACCAGAUAAAGUAGAAAUCACUGAAUUACCAAUUGGCACUUGGACUCAGGCAUACAAAGAGACAGUACUAGAACCCAUGUUACAUGGCUCCGAUAAAACUCCCCCUGUUAUUACCGACUACAAAGAGUACAACACUGACACAAUGGUGCACUUUGUUGUAACGUUACAACGCGACAAACUAGCCGAACUCGAGCGAGACGGUUUACACAAAGCUUUUAAAUUGCAGACGACGACGUCAAUAACAUCAAUGUGUGCCUUUGAUGAUAAUCUCUGUUUAAAGAAAUUUGACAAUGUAUGCCAGAUUAUGAGAACAUUCUUUACAGUACGCCUCGAUCUAUACCAAAAACGAAAGGAUUACCUCGAAGGCAUCUUACAAGCAGAAUCAGCCAAACUCUCUAAUCAGAGUAGAUUUAUUAUGGAGAAAUGUGAUGGUACUUUAACAAUUGAGAACAAAAAAAAGAAAGAUAUGAUUGCGGAACUUGUUAGACGAGGGUACGAUUCAGAUCCCGUGGUAGCAUGGAAACUAGCACAAAAUCGUGAAGAAGUUUUGGAAUCUGAAGAAGAAGUUGCUGAGAAUGAGGAUGAUGAAGCUUCUACAUCUGCAGUAGUUGUGGAAAAAGAAAACUUUGAUUACUUGCUUGGUAUGACUAUGUGGUCCCUAACAAAGGAAAAAAAAGAUGAGUUGCUCAAGCAAAGAGACGAAAAGCUUGCAGAAUUACACAGGUUACAAGCACGUACACCUUUGUCUUUAUGGAAAGAAGAUCUCGAUAAUCUUCUUACAGAACUUAACAAAAUAGAAGAAAAAGAGAGAAAGGACGAAGCCAAGUCUAGAGUAAAAACGAAAAAGCCCCCCGCGAAGAUUUAUAAAGAAGAGGAUACCCGCCGAAUAGUACCAGUCAUAGAUACAGAAUUGAAGAAAAAAAUUGAAAAAGCAGACAUUGUAGUAAAAGAUAAAAAAGAAGGAAUUAAAAAGGAACGCAAGAUCAAGAAAGAAAAAAGUACCGAAGAGAAAGAUGAGUUUGACGCUCUUGUAGAAGGAAACGCUAAAUCUCUUGAUGACAGAUUAGGUUCAUCGCCAGAAAAACUAGAAAAGAAAGGAAAGAAAGGGCUCAAACAAGCGAAACUGCCGUUUAAACCCGUGAAGAAGAAGAAAGAUGCAGAAAAGGAAUUUGAUAGUGGUAGUGAUGUUGAAAUAAAUUUCGAUUCUCUAUCACCGCCUCCUGCUCCUAGAGCACCACGUAGAGCAGCUGCAGCUAAGAAAAAAUACACACUAAGUAGUGAAGACUCAGACAGUAGUGAAGCUGAACUUCAUAGUCUUGGCUCAGACAAAGAACAACCUAUUACGAAAGUUGUGGAUUCCAUCGACAGCGACUCGGAUGAUGACUUUAAAGUUAAAAAGGAAUCACCACAAGCUAAACCAAGUUCAGAGGAAUUAUUCGACUCGCUAGUUUCUAGUUCUCCAGAAAAACAAACCGAAAAACCUAAAGGCCGUUUAGUUAUUUCUUCCGAUGAAUCAUCACCAACUAAACCACCACCUAAAAAAGCCGCUGCCAAGAAAAAAGCUGAAAAUGGUGAAGGCAAGGCAACAAAGCGACCAGCACCUAAAAAGAAGGUAUCCAAAUCAUCAGGGUCGGAUUCAGAGGACGUUUUCUCUGUGAAAUCAGCAAGCCCUGUAAAAAAGAAGAAGAUGAAGAAGAAGGAUGAUUCCGAUGACGAUGACAUGAUUGUAGAAGAUACACCGCCGCCAAGAAAACCUGUCGGACGCUCUCGAAAACCAGUAUCAUAUGCAAUUAAAUCGGACAAUUCUGACUCGGAUUAGAAUGAAUACAUACCUGAAGCAAAAGAGAUACAAUACAGUAUCUUGCUGUAAAAUACUAAUAUCUACUGGUAUAGCGAAUUUAAACUAAUUUUACUUAUAUCGAAUAAUGAAUGAUACUCAUUCGUGUGUGACACUUUGUCGCCUGGGUUAAUCAUAAUUUUAUAUAGUGUCCUGUACAUAAAUGUAUCCUGUACAUAAUGCUGAUAAAGAAUUUGCUUGCACUCUUUUCCAAACAUACCCAAUUUUUCUAAAAUGAAAAUAUAGGGUACAUACUUGAAAGUGGACAAAUUUAUUCUUUAUCUUUCAUAAUAUAAUUGUCAACAAUUACUGUCUCGUGAUCAAACGAGUAAUCUGCACAGUACUUGUAAAAUGUGCUAGUGAGUGUUGUUCUUGCAAGUAAUUAUAAAGAGAAGUUUAUACAUAUGAAAAAGAAUCUUGCAAGCACUACGAAUUAAGCAAGAUUCGUUAUUUUUCAUUAACAUCAUUCCUAAAUGUCGUUUAUCAAAAUGGUUAGUUUAUACAGAAAACCUCGUUAAAAACCAUAAAAGCAAAACGUGGGAAUGAAAUAUUAAAAUUCAGUUUUGUAAGUUUUCAUGUUAGAUAUUGAUUCUACAUUGUAAAAAAUUCCAAUCAAAAUUAUUAAAAGAACAUAGAUUUUUUUAAAAGUACAAAAGAAUACAUUUAGAGCUUCUUGUACUUUUUCAUUUAUAUAAAGCACUUCGCGAGUUGCGUACGUAAUAUUUUAUAAAAUAACUAUCAUUUUUAAUUAUGUUAUAAAGUUGCGACCAAUAAAAAUAAACAACGGGUAUUCAGUAGAAUAUCUAAACGUGUCUUGUAUGGAUUUUUUUUUUAGUUGCAUAUGUGCACAUUUUCAUUUUUAAUGUUAUGGCUUUCGUGAUGACUCUCUGACAACUGUAAAAUUAUCUUUUUUUUAAUAAAUACAAGUAAAAAUAGUUAUAUAAA